AUGCGAAGAUACGAAACAGUUGAAGAAUUGGCUCAAGAUGUUCUCUCCAAGCUACCCAAUGAUUUUGAUCUCGAACACGUGAUGAAAUUGUACCCAGUGCUGUAUGAGGAAUCCAUGAACACGGUUCUCAGGCAGGAGCUGAUCAGGUUUAACAGGCUUACGGAGGUCGUCCGGAGCAGUCUGAUCAGCCUAGGCAAAGCCAUCAAAGGCCUGGUGUUGAUGUCUUCGGAACUGGAGGAUGUUUUCAACAGCAUGAUCGUGGGCAAAGUGCCAGCCAUGUGGGCAGCCAAAUCCUACCCAUCACUCAAACCCCUGGGGAGUUACGUGACCGACUUGGUGACACGGUUGACCUUUUUUCAGGAAUGGAUCAAACACGGACCACCAAAUGUGUUUUGGAUCUCUGGUUUCUAUUUUACUCAGUCGUUUCUGACGGGCGUCUCUCAGAAUUAUGCCAGAAAGUAUACAAUCCCAAUAGAUCACAUUGGAUUUGAAUUUGAGGUGAUGAGGAAGGAGCACACCAUGAAGCAGAUGCCUGAAGAUGGCGCCUACGUCAAAGGGCUCUUCCUGGAAGGAGCCCGAUGGGAUAGAGUAACCAUGCAGAUCGGUGAAUCCCUCCCGAAAAUCCUUUACGACGCCCUGCCCAUCAUUUGGCUGAAACCCGGGGAGAGCGCCAAGUUUUUGCACGAGCGGAUCUACUUGUGUCCCGUCUACAAAACCAGCGCCAGGAGAGGCGUCUUGUCCACCACGGGACACUCCACCAACUAUGUCCUCUCCAUUGAGCUUCCUUCUGACCUUCCCCAGAAGCACUGGAUCAACCGGGGGGUGGCAGCCCUUUGCCAGUUAGAUGACUGA